UCUGUCACUAUAACCUGCUCAGCUUCCACUCCCUGUCCACACUCCCCUCCUAAACUCACCUGGAACCUCCAACAAGACUCUCACAGCAACACAGAGGAAAACACAGAUCGAACCUUUACAACUAAAAUCCAGGAGACCAUCACUCUGUCAGACCAACAUGAUGGAUACAACAUCACCUGUUCUGCCAGAUAUCCUGUGAAUGAAGGAAAAGAUGUCAAGACAGCAGAGGAGAGAAAGACUCUCAGUGUUUCAUAUGCUCCUAAAAACACCUCAGUGUCCAUCAGUCCAUCAGGUUUGGUGUCAGCAGGUAGCUGGGUGAACCUGACCUGCUCCAGCAGAGCCAAGCCUCCCGUCAGCCGCUUCACCUGGUUCAAGAACAGCAAAGAUGGACCCAAGAACGUAUCUGAAGGAGAGGUUUACAGCUUCAAGGUGACCAGUGUCACUGAUGGAGGAGUUUAUUACUGUGUGGCCACAAAUGAUCUCAGUGAUGAAACAUCAUCAGAGAUCCAUCUGACUGUUGGAGGGAGACAACGGGAGGCAGUUCUUGGAGGAAUCAUCGGGAUCAUUGCACUCAUCUGCCUGGUUGUCUGUGUUUGGUAUUUAAAGCCAACACGUCCAACUACACAACAGACCCAGGGUCAAACAGGUGAAGAGCUGGCUGUUGAAAAACCAGCAUUUAAAACUGAAGAAAAAGAAGAAGACAUCCAUUAUGGAGAGAUCGACUUCUCCAAGCGGAGACGUGACUGGUCCUCUGACUCAGCACAGGACAGUGGACAGCAGCAGGAUACUCUGUAUGCACAGGUCAAACUGUCCCAGCCAGCAAACAGCUUAACAAAGACUGCUGACAGCCCAGAGGAUCUCUACGCUCAAAUUAAGAAAAAAUGAAGAUUGUUUUGUGAUCACAUUUGGACUUGAUACUUACAUUUUGUUUUUUGCGUUACAAUUUACUUUAUGUCAUUUAAUUUAGAAAGAGACACUGGAGACUGGACAGGAAAAUAUCUUCACUUUACUGAAAGUCAAAACCUCCACACCCUGCAGCUGGUUUCAUCAUUCACACGUUAUCACAUUAUAGUUCAAAUGUAUGUGCUGACCUCAUACAGACGUUGAUGCUGUGUGAUAAAUCAUCUCUUUUCAGAAAUGGGCACGUGAAAAAGGGAACUAUUCUAAAUGACAUGAGAAAAAAAAUACAGCAAAC